CUCUUCGUAGUUUCCAAAAGCUGCCUUGAGGUUGAGCAGAUGGAGACGUCUCUGCACUGAGAACAAUUAAGACCUUUAGACUUUGGUGUUUUUUUCCUGCAAGAAAUUGAGAGAGCCAACAGAGCAAGCAGGGGAGAACUCAACAAUGGACGCUUAUAUGUGGCACAAAGUAGCUGCUCUAUCGGGAGUUGCAGCUCUUGGGUUGGGCACAUAUGGCGCCCAUGUCUUCAAGCCCCAGAAUCCCGCUUACAAGGAGGUAUGGCACACAGCAUCUCUAUACCAUUUGGUUCAUACUGCAGCUCUUCUUGCUGCCCCUAUCACCAAAAAUCCUAAUGUUUUUGGGGGCCUCUUAACAACUGGGAUUCUUGCAUUCUCUGGGACGUGUUAUACUGUGGCUUUACUUGAGGACAGAAAGUAUGCUACCUUGGCUCCAUUUGGUGGUUUUGCAUUUAUUGCUGCUUGGUCAAGCUUGCUUUUCUGAGGCAUAUAUCUCACUUGUGCAUUACUAGUCCCAACCACUUCUGUGGUGAGCUGUAAAAUUAGAUGCUAUGUACUUUAAUCUUAGAACUUGUGUUGCCUUUAUGUUACUAUUUCGAUGGAUUCACCAUUCUUUGAAGAAAAUAAAGACCCAUCUCAUUUGAUA